AUGUCUUCGCGCAAUGCCUCCUCCUCGUCCUCGGCCGCGACGCCGGGGUCUGCAAAGGGACCGAACUGGCCAAACCACCUACGACAUUUCAGCAAACAGAGCCAUGACCGCGCCCACGACCCCGCCUACCCAAAUUCACCCGGAGACACGGCUUCGAGCAACUCCACCCUCCGCGAACGUCCAUCUUCUCGCCUCUCGUCCCGCAUGCACGCUGACCGGCGAUGGACCGUCACGGUCAACGAGUCAUUUGCCCGUGAUGAGGUGCUGCUAAACCUAGAUCACAUAGGCGACGAUGUCCAACCCGGAAGCCUAGUGGCCAUCGACGUGGUUAAGGGGGAUUCAGAAAAGGCCGCCCAAAAUUCGCACCACCACAAGCCGGUGCAAGACCGCAAAGAGGGGGCUGCUGGAAAUUGCGCGGAGAAACGCUACAUAUGUGUGGCUAAAGAUAUGCCCAGGGAACUAAAGGCUCGUUACUCUUCUGUGGAAGUGUACGUCGCGAAACACAUCGCCGACGCCUUCGGCAUGAGGAAGGGUACCCAGGUUACCUUAACUCCCAUUGAUGCAAAACAUCCGGCCGUCGAAGCGUCCCACGUCGAGCUGUGCUUUAAGGACCAGUAUCUCUCGAGAGCCGACAUGUGGCGGAUGGCCGUCGGUGAAUUGGCCGAGAGGACGGUGUACAAGGGUCAAUUGGUGUUGUUUCUAGGCACGGUCAAGGCCCAGGUGACCGCUGUCUACGUGGAUGGGCGCAAGGCACAAUCAGCCUUCUUUGGACGGGAUACAAAACCCGUAUUCCGCAGCGAGUCAGCCCGUUAUGUGCUCUUCAUUCAGAUGGCUCGCGAGAUGUGGGACUUUGAUCCAGACGGCUCCGGCGAGAUCACGUUUAACAAGGUCGUCAAUGGUUUUCUACCUGCGUUGUUCAAGAAAUGGGCGGCCAUGCGGGUGAAGCAUCUCGUCACCAUCGUCCUCUUCGCCCGGGUCGAGUAUGAUACGGGUAUUUCUAACGAGCUCGCGUCUGCGACGGCUCAUCAUGAUUACUACACCGGUGUUCAAAGCGCCGAGGACCGCCGGCCGUACAAGGACUUUUACCGAGUUGUGGUUAGCGAGAUGGGUAGCGGUGAGUGGACCAAGAUUUUGCACCAGCUCAAGCGCGAGUUCAAUUAUUUCCGCAAAGAUAUCAGCACCUACCACCAAAAGGCCCUAGAUUCGCCCGGUUCUGACGGGGACUCCGCCGACCGAGAGGUGCUGUUGAAUGGGAUCAAAGCUCAAGCAUCGCGGGCCAUUCACGGGAACUUUCUCGAAGCCAUCAACAUGGCCUCGUCACUUUACGCCCACGACUACAUCGAUAGGGACCUCACAAGGACCGGCGUGUCAGUUGUCGUCAUCAGCCCUAGCCCCGGUGUCUUUGAGGUUGAGUACGAUGCACUCCGCCGUACCACGGAGGCGCUUGUCGGAAACGGAAUUGGUAUCGACUUGAUAUGCAUCCCCAACGUCCCGCUCCAUUCUGUGCCCCUUUUCCGUUAUCGCAAUCCGCACCAGGUUGGACAGCCGACUCGCAAGACCAAGGUGGACCUCAGCCAAGGAAGCACCCCCAAGCAGACCACUCUCACCUUUGGAAGUUACAACAGCAUUGCUGGUUCCUAUUCCCCGAGCAAAAAAAUGGAUGGUCAUCGUAACGGUGAAGCUCCCGGCCCACCAUCAUCUCAGGACGAGUGGGUGUCUGCCGUCCCCCAGUGGCUUCACGUUUCGUACUGGACAGGCGCCCAUGAAGAGGAACUAUCGUACCAAGGCAUUGCCUUAUCUGUGUCGGAUGCCACGCAAAGCCAAUGCGGCGACGAUUUCCCCAUCCGCUGCCGUAUGUACGACCUUCAAAUGAGAAGCGUGAUGGAAACGAAUGAGAUCGAAAUCAAACCCCUACACAUGGAUCACUGCUUCCCACUUGACGGAGUCCUCGCGAGUUCGGUUCCCAAACCUGAAUUUGACGCGGAAGGUCGUGUCAUUACAAGAAUUCAACGCCCUCCCGAAACUCUAUUCGAUCAUGUAUAUGGAUUCCAAAAGUUUGCCCCGGAUAGGUACAGCAAGCCUGGUGAGAAAUCGAUAUGGAAGCAACUGCAGGAGUACGAUGACUGCAGGGCACGCCGACCCACGCAUCGUGGCUCCAGGCCAAGACGGUCAGGAUUGGAGGAUACGAGCUUUCUAGGGACGUCGUUCGCAGCCCGCCGGCCCUCAACGGCUACUCAACAUACCCUCCCCGACCUUUCACCCUACCAUCGCCCGGCCUCCUCGGGAUUCAAGGGACCACCUCCGGUAAACCGCAAGAGCGUAAGCGUUGGAUCGAACAAGGCUGAUGCGAGAGCGACUUCAUCGUCAUCGUCUUCCUCGUCAACAGCGCUCAAGGCCCCAAAAUUCAUGCGUCAUAUCAGUCUAGGCAACCGAGGGUUUGGUAUUGCGGCACCUGUAGUAGCCACAGCGGAGGCUAGCAUGGAGAGUGUGGGGGCCUCCAAAACCCUCACGCCAUCUCGGAGCUCCCAAGAUUUGCGAGUGAGCCCGUCAAAAGCAAACCAACGCCCGUCAUCGUCUCGUGGUGUGUCGGGGACGCCGACGCCGACGCUCUCGCAGCCGGGACCACAGUUCCCAACUGACUCACCAAGCCGCCCCAUUGUGAUCAGGAAUUCUCACCUCGAACCUGCUGCCCACAUGCUAUCGGGUUCCAUUCUUGCAACCACGCUUCGCCCGGAACCCCCAGCGCAAGAUCGAGAUUAUCAGUAUUCAAACGCAAUUCGGGCGGAAGAUGCCAAGAAGGUCUACAAUUCGAAACUCCUUGCCGGAGCCAUCCCGGAGCUACCGUCUACCUUAUCUCCGAACACGGCCUUGUCACCUUGGCUCACGCUGAUCAACCCGUCAAAUCCGGAUACGAAUGAGGUGGACAUGGCCAUGCUGUACAGCCGCUGGCAGCACGUGUUCCCGAGGCCACAGGAGAUGAGAUUUAUGAAGUGGAAGAGCCUUUGUUCUCCGGCUUCCGUGCCCCUGACCUCGGAGUACUUCCCCUCAAAAACUCAGUUUGAAACUGAAUAUGAGCGUCGGCCGUACAAUGUGUCACAGAACUUCGACGAUGAACUUGAGGAAGAGCCGAGGUCGCGCGACGAACUCUUACGAGAGCUCGUUAGCCUCCGGUUCUCUCAGGGGUUCCAGAUUGUCGUGGGCCCCGCUGUCGCGAGAGCCUUUGGACAAAAGCAGAUAAAGGUUGCCGACAUUUUCUCGCGAGAUCGGGUGAUGGAGGACGGCUUCAGCAUUUUUAUGUCAGUUGGCAACACCAUCCAUCAGCUCUCGUGCGUCAAUGGUAGCGAGGUUGAAGUGAACAUUUUCGUCCGGAAACCAACCGACAUCUUCGCGCCGACCUACGGCCAGGGCCAUCGACAGCCAACAUACAGGCCGGCCAUUCGGACGUUACUAGACAGUUCCUACCACUCGAGCGAGUUUGACCUGAUUACACCGAGAGCGGAAAGGAAUUGGAACUACAUUGAUGCGUUCGUCGCGGGCCACAAUGACGAGUUGACGGAACAUCUCCGAUUCUGGCGAGCUCGGUUCGUUCUGAUCCCAAUGACUGGCCGACGAUCAUCGGUCACCGGAAAUGAAACGGGCGACAACGAAGAGGAAACUCGCAUUGAAGGCAUCCGGAAGCUUGCGCUUCUGUGGCAGAGACAUCGUUACGUACCACCCAACGAACGGCGGCUUCAUGGCUCUGGGGUUCGGCAAAAGAAGGACUUGAACCCCCUAAACAUCAUUUACAAAACUGAAGACCCAUCGGUGGUGAUUGCUGCCGAGUUGGAAACAUUGCCCUUGUUCGAGGGACUGGAUCGCAAGGGGCAACUGGUGAGGAAUCGCGAGCCGUUUUCCAAGAAGAACAUCAACUUGGCAGCACUUGCCGAGGCAAUGCAGCAGCCCGAGGAGAACGGGGGUGUUCGGAUGAAGAAUCGCAGGUGGCAUUUCCGAUGGCACUACAACUGCUUCAUUGGCUCAGAUAUGACAAGUUGGCUUCUGGAAAACUUUGACGAUUUGGAAGACCGUGAGGAAGCUGAAGCCCUGGGCAAACGUCUUAUGGUGGCAGAAGAGAAGGAGAAGGAGGGCAAAAAGGAUAGCGGGUUGUUUGUGCACGUCGAGAAAAGACAUCAGUUCAGGGACGGUCAGUACUUUUACCAGAUCAGUAGCGAGUUUGCGAAGCCACAACCGCAGGGCUGGUUCAACAACAAGCGGAGCCAAGGGUCAGUGCCUUCGACACCGAUAGGAGAGCAACCUCCGCGCGACACGCAGCAGAGCGUUUCUCGGCCUAGCUCGAUCCAUGAAGAGGAUUCGACAACCUCAGGCUCAAUCACGCCGACUGGGCUGCAGGGGGGGUCCGGGAACAAACCGAAGGUGGUCCUGAGUAAAGUGAUCAAGUACGAUGUGGACCACCGCAAGCGCUCGUACCGUCCCGAGAUCGUGGAAUUGCACUACGACAGGCUGCACAAUCCUGACAAUUGCUACCACAUCCGGGUUGACUGGAUGAAUGUGACGGCCAAGCUCGUCGAAGACGUGGUUGAGAACUGGGGGCGCGAGGCUGCCCAGUAUGGGCUCCGGCUCGUUGAAGUGCCCAUUGCUGAAGCAUGCGCCAUCAGCGACGUCAAUCCCUUCCGACGGCCGUACAUCAUCAAGCUGGCAGCUCCGCCACCGGAGCAAUCGCCGGUUACCUAUUUCGACCGGACCUCAUUCACUCCCGUGGCCCAACCAGGUCGGCACUUUUAUCAAAAGGCGAUCCUCCGCAAAUUCGACUUUGUUCUCGACGUGGAGGCAUCGUCCAAUUUUCCCACUAAUGUGGACGUGUCCUACUCCUGGGGCAAGCCCGACUUCCGGCACACGCAAUACAUCCAUCGGUCAGGGUCUCUUCUUGCGGAAAUUACUGAUGAGGGCCACUUUCUGCUCCUAGCCAACAGGCUUUACAGCAGCCGAGCGUUUGCAGCUCGGGAGAAGGAAAUGCAAAAGGAGCUCCGGGGGGAACAGCAGCAGCAGCAGCAGCAGCAGCAACAGCAACAACAAAAUCAGCCAGGCGCUGGCACCCCUGGCCUCAGCUCCUCGAUCCGUGUCAUUACGCCCGGGUCUUACACUCCGUAUAGCCUCCAAUCCCCGUUACCGCCCUACGACGCGUCCCCGGCGGCCUCACCGGCUUUGCGGCCCACCACCGCUGCCGUGUCAGCAGCAUCCGUGCCGUCUCUCCUCUCCCCCGUCGUCCGUCCAGCCCUGUCAUCCCAGGGUGGCACACCAAACAGCGCAGCAGGCACACCGGGUCUAGGUCAGGGCCAACUGCAUCCAAAGCCCCCCGCGCUAUCCACUGCCACUACAGCACCAUCAGUCGCAGGCUCAGCGUGGUCGACGUGGACGACACAAGAACCAGAAUGGAUCAAAGAUGAACUAGAUGCCUUUUGCCUUGACGCACAGGCUCUGGAGGCUUUUUAUCGCGAGCUCAAGACGGCAGCGCCUGCAACGACGAGCGCAGGCGGGGCGGCUAUGACGCCUGCUUUUGGCGCAACCACGGGCGCGGGUACGGCAGGGGUGGCGCCGCCGACCACGGGGCUAAACACGGUCUCGGUCUCGGCUUCGGCGGCUGUGCCGGAGGGAAACAUUCCGGUGCUGGGUCUGCCGCCCGGGGUACUGGCGGCCUCGAAUGCUGCGGCGGCUGUGGCCGCAGCUGCGAGUGUACCUAGGGUGGGCAGCCCUGGUGUUGGUGUCAGUGGUACCGGCAGUGGGAGUGUGGGUGGUGGUGCGGUUGGAACGGAUGGUAGCAACGCCGGCGGUUAUGCGGCGAGUCCUAGGACGGCAAGCCCCAGCCCCGCGUUCAUGUCAGCGAGUCAAUUGCUCCGGCGGGGCAGUAUACAGUAUGAGGGACUGUUGGGAGGGCUGUCGCUGAGUCGGCUGAGGGAGGGUGGGGACAAGGGGGAUAAGGCAGACAAGGUGGACAAGGGAGAUGACGAUGCGGGAGGUAAAUAG